UCUCACCACAGUACCACACUGCCCCGCAGUCCGCUCGCAACUGGCUAGUGGCUAUGAAAUAAUUGCAAUUUAAAUUACGUCAUCGCGUACGUCACGAGUACUAUCAUCGACUGUCGGUGGUAUCAACGACUACAGUACUAGUGUCUAGUAGUACUACAGCAAUAACAAUAACAACAAAAACGUACUAUCGUAGUCGACGGACCACUACGACCUGUGCGCACCGGCGGUGCCGGCAGCAGGGCGACCGAUUCGCAACGCCGAGCCGCCCGAAAACGUUGGUCCGGCGGCGGCACGGCAGAUUCGCACGAUCAGGACUCUGAGAUUAAAACGCGGUAAAGUAAACAAACAAAAAAAAAACAACAAAACACGAAACGACGCGACACGACCGUCCGUAACAGUACGAAACGCCGCAACACUUUUUAACGGUCAUACUGGAGACGCGCUGCAGUCGACCUCGGGUGAAUGUUUUUCGUAUUCACGAGGUCGCCGGUCUACAACAAGAGCAGUGGUGGUUGCAGUGCUACGGGUGCACUUUGUGGGCUUGGUACAGGCGGUUAUUAUGUCCCAGAAGGUAUUCAAAGAGCACUCCGAGUUGUUUCCGAUCCGCGACGUACCCGCUGUGGUGGACGUGUUCCGCAAGGAGCUGGAAAAAAAAGAACCGGACCUGUUGCUGCUGUCGCUGGUGGCUGGCGCCAUCGAGAACACGAUGACUUGCGUCCGACCGAUCACCGAAGUGCCGAUCGUCGUGACGGCUGAAACCAACUUUGACUUUGAUCAGGUACCACUGAGGCUGCCCGACGUAGAGCUGCACAUUGUGGAAGCUUUGUACACGAAAUUCUACUCGCUCAUCAAGAGCAGCGUCGACCCUCUGCAUUUUGACGACCGAGACGGACAUGCCAGUCGAGAACUUGUGAAAAGGGUGUCCGACGUCAUAUGGAAUACGCUUACUAGAAGUUACUAUAAAGACAGAGCACACUUGCAAAGCAUGUAUAGCUAUUUAACAGGUUCAAAAUUGGACUGUUUUGGUGUUGCGUUUGCUGUAGUUGCUGCUUGUCAAAUACUCGGUUACAAUGAUGUCCAUUUGGCUUUGUCUGAAGACCAUGCAUGGGUUGUAUUUGGUCCAGAUGGUAAUGAAAACGCUGAAGUUACGUGGCAUGGAAAGGGAAAUGAAGAUAAACGUGGACAAAAAAUUAAAGAUUCAGGACCCGGUCAUAGGUCAUGGCUAUAUGUUAAUGGCCACCCUGUAGUUUGUAAUAGGCAUAUGGAAGUAUCAGCAUUAGUUAGCUCUAUUAACCCAAGUAUUAACCAAUCUAAUGACGCUUUGGAAGUCUCCACUCUUCAAAAAAAUCUUUUGUGGCUUCUUUAUGAUGAAGGUCACUUGUCAAAAUUUCCACUUGCUUUAGGUAACUUAGGUGAUUUGGAAGAGUUAAAUGCAACACCUGGAAGACCUCCUUGUACAGCCUUAUUUGAAGAAGCUAUUUCAGCCGCUCGAAUAUACUACAGUGAUAUGUUUGUCUAUCCAUAUACUUACCAAGGUGGAUAUUUCUAUAGACACAACAUGAUUAAAGACGCUUUUGCAAGUUGGGCCAACGCUAGUCAAGUUAUAAGCAAGUAUAGUUUUAGUAAAGAUGAUGAAGAAUUAUAUAAAGAAAUGAUGGAUAUUGCUUAUGAAUUAAUACCAUACUCAUUGAAAGAAAUGACAUGUGGCAAAAGUCGUUCAAUAUUGAAUAACCCACAAUGUUAUGCGUAUGUGUUAUUAAUUUAUGAUGGUCUUUGUCUUUGGGAAGAAGAUGGAACAACCCCAGUAUUACACAUUAAAUGGGCAAAACAUUUUAUAAAUUCCAUUUCUAAGUUUGAUGAUAGUGUGAGAACAAGACUUAUCAUAUUAGAACCAAAAGAUUCUGAAAAUGAUAGUGGUGUAUUACAAGAUUAUCAUGAUACUAACAUGAAUAAUAAUAAUCGUCCACUGCCUAAAGAAAUUUUAAAUACUAUUCCUGGCACAGAAGAAGAAACUAAAUCAGAACUCCACCCUGGUAUUAAAGCACUAACUGCAGCUUGUAGCGAACGAAUAUUGAAUCGAGAGUUCUUAUUACAAGGUGGCGGAGAACCAUUUGUGGGUAGUUCUGAUGAAUUACCUACUCCUACUAGUACACCACAAGCACCUAUUUUAGAAACAACAUUAAAAGAUGAUGAACCUGAAACUAAAAUUGAGUUGAAAAGUAAGAAGAUGAGAAGCAUGAAAGAUCUACUAAUUGCAAAAAAAUUGAAUACACAAGCAAUAAGUUUACAAAUGAGUGCUCAGUCUCAAGGGGGAAAACGUCAUGCACCUAGAGAUAAUGCAGAACCAAUAUCCAGGCGGAGUAGAAGAAAUAACAACUAAUUAAAUGUAUACUAAAAAUGCAUUAAACGUAAGUGCAAUUUUUUCUUUCAAAAAUAAUUUACUUUAUUUUAUACUGGAAGACUUUGAUUAUGUUACUUAUAUUUUAGGAGUUUAAAUUCUUUACUAUGACUCAUAGUUGAAAUCAGUAUUUUAUUUAGAAUCUCUUAUUUAAGAUACUUAAUCUAUAUAUUAUAAUUUAUAAUAUUAUAUAUAUUUCAAAAAAACAUAGGUAUUAAUAAUUUUAAAAGUUAUAAUAAUAAAUAAUAAUAAUGUUAAUAAUUUAACAGUAAAAUUAGUUGAUAAUGAUAAAAUGUUGAAUUUAACAAAGUGAUUAAUUAGUGUUACCAUAAAAAAAAUAUAUUUAAAAAUACUAAAUUUAAAAUUAGUAAAAUCCUAAAUUUUUGUGAUUUAAAAUUUAACUUGUAUUUUGCAUGACAAAAUUAUAAGUUUAAGUUAUAGACUAGACAGUGCUAUAAUAUUGUCUAUUGAAUACAAAUUGUACAGUAGCGCAACCAAUUAAUAAGGAUAUUACAUUGCAAUGAUUUAAUUAAAAGAAAGCUCCAAAUUGUUUUGGUUGUGUGAAAUUCAAUAAUUUCUAAUGCUUUUUUAUACCAAUACAAAUAUCUUUGAAGUAUAAUUUAAGAUAAAAGUCAAAAUAAAAAUUAAAAACUUAUUUUACUCAUAAAAUUCUUUUAGGUACUUGCUGUUGCACAGCCAAUGGUAUCUUUACUAUGGAAAAAUAAAAUUUUUAUUUCAUACAUUGAUCAUAUUAAGUAAAUUAUAGACUUAAAAUAACUGUACCUAUUAAAUAUAGCCUAUAAGCUAUAAAUUAAAAUACUUACAAAAAAUAACAUUAAUCGUCUUAAAAAACUAUCAAACCCCACUAACACAAAUACAUAUUCAAUUUAAUUUUAGUACUUAAUUUUAUCUGACACCUUCCAGAAAUUUCUGGUUGUGUUACUUAUAUACUUGUUCAACUUCUACAUUUUCACGUUGUAUACUGUUGUUUACUUUUAGAUACUUCUAUUUAAAUAUCUUAAGACUCUAAGUCACCAUUGUAAAAUUAUAACUACUUCUAUAAUAAUAUUAUCAGUGGCGGCGUGAACUUUUUUUUCCUAUGAAGCAACUACUUUAAAUAACUACCCACACAUCAUCAAAUUUUCACAUUUUUCACUUAUUUUUCACACAUUUUAAACGCAGGAUGUAUGUGACUAUGCAAGUAUAAAUCAUAACUAGUCUAGCCAUCUAGGUCUUGGAGACUGGAGUCAUUAAGAUACCAACUCUCACAUUUACAUAAGGCAGCUGCCUCAUCAAAUUCAUGAUGCCACUGAAUAUUAUAGUAUACUACAAUAGUAGACACUUUGAAUUUUUGUUAGAUUUACAACUACAGCAAUGGGCAUAAAGUGUAAUAAUAUGUAAUACAUUUUAAAACAAAUAUAAACCUUAUAAAUAAUUAAUUUAAUUUAAGUAUACAAGAUAAAUACAAUAUUAUUACAAUACUUAUCCAAUAACUUAGUAUAGUAAAAAAAAAAACACAAGUUUAAUAAAAACUUAAAUUAAUUAUACUUCUAAAAAUUUAAGUGACUUAUAAUUAUACAUUUUUUAACGUAUAAUUAUAAAUUAUUAUUUAUUUACUAUUGUAUUUAUCUGAGUACAGAAAAGUUCGAAAACUAUGUAAUACUGAACUAAAAAUUUAUUUCCAUAACAUUUUUAUGCAAUUAUUGUUGUUUGUGUUUACUUGCCAAUAAGUUCCGAUUUGUAUUUAAUAGUUAGUAAUUAGUAUAGUAGUUAUUUAUAAAAAUAGUCAUAGGCAUAACUAAGAAUCUGCUUUUACUGCUCUAAAUCUUACCUAAGCUCUCACAAAAUAUAUGAAUAAUCAUAUUGUAAACUUCCUAAACAAUAAAAAUGUAAAUGUUUAGCCUCUACCUUUAAUAAUUAUAUAGUUACACCUAUAAAUAUAGGUAAUGUGUAUAAUUACAAAAAGUAAUUUUAAUCAUUCCAGUUCCCAAAUUAGUAUUAAUAUUACAGGGUUCGCAUUAUACGUUUUGAAUUUACUAUACUGAAAAUGUGACAUAACUGUUAUAGUUAUGCUUAUGACUUAUGAGCAAUCUUAAAAUGUGAUCUUUAAUUAAUGAGAUCACUAUGUUUUUAAGGGUUUAGUAACCUGUGAUAAUGAAAUAACCAUUUUAUAAUUUGUAUUUAUAAAUAUUUUUACAUUAUUCUUCAUGUUAUUCUUUGUCCAAUUGUAACUGUAUACAAUAUCUCCUUAUCUUAACAUUUUUUUUUUUAAACUUCUCAACUUUUUUUGUUGAAUAAUUCUUAUCUUUCUGUUUAUUGUUUAUUUCUUAUUUCUUACUGUUAUAUUUAUAUUUCAAAAAUAGUCUUGAUCAUAAAUAAUUUUGUUUCCAUUUUCUUUUAGUUUUUGCAAAUACUUUAUAAUUUAUUAAUAGUAUCUUAAGUUAGUAGGAACUAGUCAAACUAUCAUAUUGCAGUACAAUAAUAAACCUGUAGUUUCUUAAAAUCCAAUCUAACAGUAGUUGUAUGCAAGGGAGGUUGGCAAUUGAGAAUAAAUAAUUUGGCUGGUUGUAUUACUUAUUCAAAUUUAAUGUAAUAUCUAUUAAUAUAAGAAUAUCCAUUCAUAUUCAUUAAUUUUUAAUAAUACAUUUAAUCAAAUUAUGGUUUUUAGAAUUUUUAAGUAUACUCAAGCUUAGAUUUUUUUAUACCAUUUAAAAAGGUCGUAGUGGUGGUACAAACUUUUUUUUUCAAAAUAUAAACCCAUCUUUUUUACAGUAAAUUGUUUUAAAAGCAGAUGAUUUUUUUAAAAAAUGUGAUUUAAAUCAAAAUUGGAUUAAGUAGUUUCUGUACUUCUAAGUUAUUAAAAUGUAUAUUAUACUAAAGAUAAUAGUCCUUUUACAAAAAUAAAAAUUAAGAUUUAUUAUACUUAUGACAAUUUUACAGAUAAAAUGUUAUUAAAUUAAUAAUAAUUACUAUUAUUUUAAAACAUUAUAGCCCCCAUAUCUUCAUGGACUUACUGUCCUUAGUACAAAAAGUUAAGUUAGUUAAAUACUACACAUUUAAAUUUUUAAUUUAAACGAAUUAAAAUUUAAGAAACUGGCAUCUGCUUAACAGUUAACAGGAAGAAAUUGUGGUUUUCAAUGGAAAAAAUAAGUUGCUGUAGCAACAGGACAUUCCUUAAAAAGUAUACAAAAAUCUUGUCUUUGAAUAUACUAAAAAAAUCAAAAUAUCAGAAUUUAAAUAAAUUGAUUAUUUAAAUGAAAAAAGGGGUGAGCCCUGAGCAUACUUAGUAAAUCAUUAUACAUCAGGGGUGGCCAGCGAUAAAAAUCACAAGUCACACAGUUUAAUGACAUAUAUGUACAUACAGCCAAAAACGGAAAAAAGGUUCUCCAUUAUCAUAAAUAAGAUAAGAUAUCAAACUCAAUAAAAUAUGUUGAGUGAAAAACAAUAAAAUAACGUUCAAUAAUGUCAGAUUAAAUAAUUCUGUAUGGGAUUUUGUCUUAAUAUUAUAAUAUCUAUUAUUAUAUUAAUAAAAGUGUUUAAUGUCUUACAAUAAGACAUGGUUUGGCCAACCCUGAUAUGUUUAAGCAAUAAACUUAUGUAAUUUCUCAUAUUUCUAUAAUUCACAAUGAUGCGAAAGGUCACUCAUUGAACGGACAAUCCAAUAGCUUUAAACCCGGCAGCAUAUAUGUUUUAAUUUAAUCCUUUGUUCAGUCACCAGUAUUUUUCUUGAAUUUUAUGAGAAUUAUGGCUAAAGUGUAAUUGUUACCUAUAUUAAAAUAAAAAAAAUAAAUAGUCUUGGUCUAGGGGAGAGGCAUUGCCCCUCCUCUUAAACCCGCCCUUACCUUACCAUUAAGACAUUCAAUAUUUUUUAAGUUUUAAUUUUGUUAUACCAAUAAAUCAAACAAUUAUGUUACUCUUGAAGAUCAUUGAAAUUUUAAACUCUUCAAUGACAAUGUUAUACCCAAUAAUCUGUUUAUUGCCUAUUGUUUGGCAUAUCAGUUAUGUUUUAACUUGUUAAAUUUUUUUUUUAACAAUAAUACUUAAUUUUAAAUACAUAUGAUAUAUAUAUAUAUUUUUGUAAAAUGAAAUUUUGAAACUAGUCCUUGCAGUUAUUAUUUAACUUAACGUCCCAAAUUUUUUGUUUACCAAUAUUUAUGAAAAAUGUAUCUUAACAUUACCUAAAAAAAUUGUUAAAUAUUUUUAAAUGUUUUAUUUCAUGACAAUAGCUAUAAGCUAUUAAAAAAUCUAGUGAUUUGUUCUAUAUUCUAUGUAAUUCAAAUACAAUUUUUACCAUUAAAAUAAUAAUAAUUGUAUUUAUUAAAUUGUAAUCAUUGAGCUGUACUGAUAUAUAAAUAUAAGAUGAUUAAUAUUAAAACAGAUUAAAAGUAAAUAGUAAUAAACAAAGCUUUGGUUUUAAUUAUUUUAUAUAGGUAAAUAGGAAAGCAUAUCUUUAUUAUUAAUAUUUUGUAGCAGUAAUUGGAUUUCAUAAUUAAAUGUUGAAUGUUAUCUCUAAUAAUUUACAAGUAUUAUCUUAAAUGGUUUGUUAAUAUCGUAAUGUUGGUUCUCGCAAUUUUUGCAAAUUUGAUACUAACGUAUGGUAAUAAAAUCAUUUUAAAAUAUGUUGUUUUUUUUAACUUCACUUUUAAAAUUGAUUUUUUGUAUAUCAUUUUGUAAUAUCGCAACAACAUAUUAGUACAGACUUUGUAUUUCAAUUACCUCUUAUAAAUUCCUUUGAAAUAGUAUUAAUCUACAUUUAAUUUUUAAUUUUUCUAAAAUGUUUAAAAUUGGCUUUAUCAAACCUUAAAAAUACUUACGCUGACAUACUCUUAUUAAAAAUUUGACUAUAUUUCAUCUCAUUUAAUUUUAGCUCAUUAUUCAUAAUUUAUAUUCAUUGAAAUUCAAAUACAAAUGUUCUGCUUUUAAACUUUAAACUAAAAAGUAGUUUGUUAUUUAAUAAAAUAUAAAACAAUUGAUUACAAUUGUAAUGUUCUUCUUAAAUUAAAGUGCAUCAAAAAAAAAAAAAACCAAAAUUUUCUUGAAAUAAUAUGUCAUAGCACAGCAUUUACAUUUUAAAGGAUUGAUGGCCAAUUGAUUUAUUUCUUUACAUAUUAUUUCUUUUAUUCUUGUUUAACUAGUGUCUGUUAUUUAACGUAAUUACGGUAUAUUUUUUUUAUAACAUUAAAUAAUGAAAAUAAAAAUAUUAGUUACGAUUGUUAACAGUAUCCAUUAUGUUAAUUGUCUUCCGUAUAUAAUUUGUAUGUAUUAAAUUAUUUAAAGUAUUAAGUUGAUAACAAAUUGUCUACAAUAUAUUUUUAUUUCUAUUAAAUCAAGUUUUAGAAAGGCAACAUUAUAAAAUUCUGCAAUAUAAAAAUAUAACAGUACAGGUAAAAAUAACAACAAAUGUUUUAGAAUAUAUUAUAUAAUAUGUGGAAAAAUAUAUGUAACUUUUUUAUGUUUAAUUAUACACAUCACAAUGUUAUAUUAUACUCUAGUGUUAUUUAUAAGAACUAUUAUACAUAUUAAAUCUAAGUUCGGUUAAUUUUCAUUCAUGAUAUAUUAAAGAUGAUGGUGAUUACGUUGCUUUUGAAAAUAUUUUAUUUUUCAUAAAUAACUUUGUUUCAGUAUUUGGUUAAGUUUUCAGUAUUAUAUGGAAACGUUAAGCGAGUUAUUAUGAAUUUUUGUUAUGAAAAAUCUCAUCUAUGUUUAUUUAGGAUUGGGUAUAUUUACUUCAAUUUAUUGUUCCCCGUAGUUUUUUUUUCUUUUUUUGCUUUACUGUUUGUUUUAUUAUUACUAUUAAAUAACAUUAAUUAUACCUAUUCUUGAUAAAAUAAAAUGUAUGACA